AUGACCGUGUACAACCAUUGCAGAUACCCGGUGUGGCCAGGCAUCCAGCCAACUGCGGGAAAGCCGGUCCUGGCCGGGGGUGGGUUCAAUCUGCUCCCCAACAAAUGGUACACACUGGAACUCCCCCCAGGCUGGUCGGGCCGCAUCUGGGGACGCCGGGGCUGCACCUUCGACGCGGCCGGGAGAGGGCGCUGCGCCACCGGCGACUGCGGGGGUGCCCUUCUCUGCAAUGGCCUUGGGGGCACCCCACCCGCAACGCUGGCCGAGAUUACGCUGGGUGGCGACCGGGACUUCUACGAUGUGAGCCUGGUGGAUGGCUUCAACCUGGGCAUUGCCAUAGUGCCCAUAUGGGGAUCAGGCGGCAAGUGCGGGGUGGCGGGAUGCAUGCGGGACCUGAACAGGAUAUGCCCGGCGGGGCUGCAGGUGAGGUCGGGGAGGGCAGUGGUGGGGUGCAAGAGCGCGUGCCUGGCCUUCAAGAGCCCCAGGUACUGCUGCACCGGCAGCUUCGGCACCCCGCAGUCAUGCAAGCCCACCCUCUACUCCUGGAUUGUCAAGGCCGCCUGCCCCAGGGCCUACUCCUACGCCUACGACGACCCCACCAGCAUCGCCAUCUGCACCCGCCCCCCGGGCCCGGCAACCUACCUCCUCACCUUCUGCCCCUAG